AUGAAACGUGUUCGUGGGCUGGACGACGUAGCAUCACCAGCAGCAGCAACGUUAAAGCAUUCAUCGGUGAGUGCAGCAAGUGGCUUAGGAGGGGGAGGAGGAGGAGGAGGAAGUGGUGGUGGUGGUGGCAGUGGUAGUAGCUUAGAGUAUCACACUAGCGGUGGAAUCGGUGUUGUCGUACCUGGUCAAGCUAUUCGAUCUGUUGCAUCUAAAGAAAUGCCAGGAAGUAUACAAUUUGGUAGUACCCAAGCUCAACAACAGUACACCAGUGCGAUUGUUGUGCCAACUGCUGCAUCGACUUCCAUUAAAGCGAGUGGCUCUACAGGAGGAGGACUCGGUUCUACGUGUGGCGGUGGCAGCAUAAACAGCAGUGGCUUGCAUAGUGGAAUAAGUAGCGGGAAUAGCCAUAACAUGGGUUCCCAGCAACCUACAUCGGGUUCGCAAAAUCAAGUUCAUACACAGCAACAAUCGACAAUAAGGCAUAAGGUACAUUCAGGCAAUGUAACGCCGCUUGCCUCCACUCCACCCGGUCCUAAUCUAGGUGGUGGGAGUGGAUCUCAACAGUUUCAGAGAUUAAAAGUGGAAGAUGCGUUAUCGUACCUGGAUCAAGUGAAAUACAAAUUCAGUGAUCAACCGCAGGUGUACAAUGAUUUUUUAGAUAUCAUGAAGGAAUUUAAGUCGCAAAGUAUAGAUACUCCAGGUGUUAUAACUCGAGUGAGUCAUCUGUUCAAAGGACAUCCUGAACUCAUCGUUGGCUUCAAUACGUUUCUUCCGCCAGGCUAUAAGAUAGAAGUGCAAGCAAACGAACAAGGAUACGCCUUCCAAGUGUCCGUUAGUAUGCCUAGUCCAACGGCGACGCACACCGCCACGUUAUCACAGCACCAUUGUACGGUGAAUGUUGGCUCACCUCCUGUGGCUAGUCCACCCACUCAGCCUGCGAAAGCACCUCCAGUUUUACAGAUAAUGCAAGGGUCAGGCAGUAUACACCAUACUUUGCCAAACAGUAUUACAACCAACAGUUUAACUACUCACGCGCCAUCACCACCGCCGGUACCGGUGUACAACAACUCGCACAUUAGUACUGCACAGGCGCAAGCUGUCAGUCAGGCUCUAAGUCAAGCAGAUGGAGUAACGAAUAGUGGACAAACGCAACAAAAUCAACCAGUCGAAUUCAAUCAUGCGAUAAACUAUGUCAAUAAGAUAAAGAAUCGGUUCCAAGGACAACCGGACAAAUACAAACGUUUCUUGGAGAUAUUGCAUACGUAUCAGAAAGAACAGCGGAAUUUAAAAGAGUCUGGUCACAUGGGAGGUACGAGUUCUGGCUACGGUACAAGCGGAGGAAAACACUUGACGGAAGCAGAAGUUUACAGUCAAGUUGCUAUAUUGUUUGAAAAUCAAGAAGAUCUGCUCGCUGAAUUCGGACAAUUUUUGCCAGAUGCUACUAAUCAACAAAGUUCACUGACUAACAAGACUACAUCGGUCAAUGAUCACGCGGCGAUUGUUAAGAAACCAAUCGGGCUGAAGACGUCGUACAACAAUUCCGGUACUAUCACAAGGGAUCUUCGAGAAUCCGGCGGCACGACCGGUUUGGAGCGCGACGGUCGGGAUCAUAGGGAACGGGAACGGGAACGCGAGCGGGAUAGACCGAGCAUCAGAGAUGUCAAUAGUGGCCAGAAAUUCGGACACAGUACGGGACAGUUGAAGAGAAGUCCGUCAUUCUCGACCUCGGUAACAGCAGGGAAUUUGCAACACGGACCGCCACCUUUGAAGAAGCACAAAGUCGCUUCGAUGCGUGAUAUUACUAUCGCGGAAGCUGGCAAAUAUGGUACUUUGAACGACUACGCUUUCUUCGACAAGGUUCGAAAGGCACUCAGGUCGCAAGAAGUCUACGAAAAUUUUCUUCGGUGCCUUGUACUUUUUAAUCAAGAGAUAGUGUCGAAAUCGGAACUUAUUCUGCUAAUAACACCGUUCCUCGGCCGUUUCCCCGAACUACUGCGUUGGUUCAAAGAUUUCCUUGGUCAUCUGGCCGACUUGUCCGCCACUGCGACGACAAACGCGAGUAGCGCGACGGGAAUGGAAACUUUUCCAAACAAUGUUGUACGGAGCCAUCAAGAACGGCCGCAAGGUGACUUGGCGAUCGAGAUCGAUUACACAGCGUGCAAGCGAUUAGGAGCGUCGUACUGCGCUUUGCCAAAAUCGUAUGUACAACCAAAGUGUAGUGGCAGGACGCAACUUUGUAAAGAAGUCCUCAAUGAUACGUGGGUUUCCUUUCCAACCUGGUCCGAAGACAGUACAUUUGUAACGUCCAGGAAAACUCAGUACGAAGAAUCCAUAUAUCGAUGCGAGGACGAGCGUUUCGAGUUGGACGGUGUGAUAGAAACCAACGCGGCGACGAUCAGAGUGCUCGAGGGUGUUCACAAAAAGAUGAAUAGGAUGAGCCAAGAGGAAUUGCAAAAGUUCAAGCUUGACGAUUGCUUGGGUGGCAGUUCCCCCACGAUUCAUCAGCGAGCGUUAAAAAGGAUAUACGGUGACAAAGCUGCCGAUAUCAUAGAUGGUCUGAAGAAAAAUCCUGUAGUGGCUGUACCGGUCGUACUCCGUCGUUUAAAAAGUAAGGAGGAGGAGUGGCGGGAGGCGCAAAAAGGGUUCAAUAAAAUUUGGAGGGAACAAAACGAAAAGUACUACUUGAAAUCUUUGGACCAUCAAGGAAUUAACUUUAAACAAAACGAUGUAAAGGCGUUAAGGUCCAAGAGCUUAUUCAAUGAGAUCGAGACAUUGUACGACGAGCGACAUGAGCAGGGUGACGAGGGUGGCGGCGAUGGUCAAGGAAAUAGUGGUCCGCAUCUCGUGCUACCGUACAAAGACAAGACUGUGUUGGAUGAUGCCGCUAAUCUCUUGAUUCAUCAUGUCAAACGACAAACUGCUAUCCACAAAGAAGACAAGCAACGCAUCAAACUUUUGUUGAAGCAUUUCAUACCCGAUCUCUUUUUCUAUAGACGACAAGAACUUAGCGAUGAUGAGAGGGAUGAUGAUGACGAGAAGGAAGAUAUAAACGUGGCAGCGUAUAACAACUCCCAGUCCACGACAACCGGUUCAUCGUUAGGUCAAGGUUUGCAGGCCAACAGGAGUAAGGCUCCCGUGUCACCGAAUACGUCUUCCACUUUGAUCAAAACCGAAUCCGAUGUCAAAGUACCCAUUCAUGCACUCUCCACUGAUCCCGAGGAGGCGUACACGCUUUUCAUGAGCAGUAAUAAUUGGUACCUUUUUUUGAGGUUACACCAUAUACUGUGCGAGAGAUUGACAAAAAUGUGCGAAAGAGCAAACACUCUUAUCGAGGAAGAAUCCAAGUAUAAGCAGCAGCGGAAAGAAAGCACAGCGGUUGCUUUGAGACUGAAACCGAAAAGUGAAAUUGAAGUUGAAGAGUAUUAUUCUGCUUUUUUGGACAUGGUUAAAAAUGUUCUCGAUGGAAAUAUGGAGAGUACUGCGUACGAGGAUACAUUACGAGAAAUGUUCGGUAUACAUGCCUAUAUUGCUUUUACUCUCGAUAAGGUCGUAACGUACGCUGUGAGACAGUUGCAACACUUGGUCUCAGAUUCUAUAUGUCAACAAUGCAUGGACUUGUUUCAAAAGGAGCAACGUCAGCCUAAAGAGAGUAGUGGAGCCGGCGGAUUGUGCGCUACGGCGUACAUGAGAUUGGGGGCAGAAUUGUCGUAUCAGCGUAAAGCGGAAAAGACAAUGGCGGAUGAAAAUUGUUUCAAGAUAUAUAUAUACAAGAAAGACUGUAAAAUGACGAUAGAGUUACUAGAUACAGAGGGCGACGAAACGAUAGAUAGCGGCUCUAGAGAGAGAGAAAGGGAAGGCGUCACAGACUCUGAAAAAUGGACGACGUAUGUUGAGAAGUAUUCCGCAUCAACUGGUCAGACUAGUCCAAAAGAUACUCCUGCCUUAACAGAGAGUGAGCCGACGACCAAUCAUCCUAUUGACGGAAAUGGCUGGAGCUGUUUAGGCAGAAUCUCAGCAGGACGCAAACCCGUCUUUUUGUUUCGUAAUAUUAGGCAGUGGCGAAAGAGAGCAGCGAGAUUAACGAGAACAUCUCUAUCUAAUACUAAUCAGGCGGAGAAAAUAUUAGAAUCGACUGAUAAAGAGAAAUCACUAGACAAUAUGGCGCUUUUGAAGAGGCCUGCUUCUUUAAGAUUGGCAGAUGCGACUGAUGCUCCGGACAUUAUCAAUUCCGACGAGACGCAAUGUAGAUUUAAUCCCAAUAGCUAUCACAUGCUUUAUGUUGCCAGCAAAGAAGCGUUUCUCUACAAACGGAACUCGUUCAGUCGUGCAAGAGAGUGCCAUCCAACCGUAACAAAGCGUCUCAACGCCAAGUUUCAUCAUUGGCUCUCAUCAUGGGCAUCCAAGAAUGUCGCCGAUAUCCAGCAUCGAAUGUGUCAAGAUUGGUUGAUGGGACGUUAUGAAAACUUAAUUCCCCAUAGGACACGAGUGAUAACGGACAACGAUCAGACGCGUUCUCCUUAUCGGCAGUACAAUCGUUACCGAGUAGAACGUUUGCAGUCUGAUCUGUUGACAGACCCGUGCGUUUAAUCUUACUCGUACGUUAAUCUUUGUAUUAUCUCUGUAAUUAUCGUUUAUAUAGUCAGCGAAACACUUUUGACAAGACGCUUAGGGUUAAGAAAUAAAACGAUCGAUACGGACGAAGCUCGGUUGCCACGACGUUUUGAGAAAAUUUGGCACUUCUUUUAGAACAUAAUUGGUCAAUGACCGUGCGCGUCCAUAUUUUACUAUAUACUAUAUCUCGUAUUACGCUAUGAUGAAGUUUUAUUCUCUGUUGUACAAACACACGUAUCGCGUGUUUGUAAUACGUGUCGCGUAUUACACUUUAUCGGUAACACUUCAACUUGUUUUUCAGUAGUAAUUUUUCGGAAGCAAUCCAACUUCGAAUUUGUAUCAUUUGCCAUCGAAAUUUAAUUUACAUUAAUUAAGUCGAUAUGUUUAAGCGACCGAAGAUUUAUUAUGCAAAAAAAGAAAACUGGACAUUUUGCGUCUUUAUGUAUAUGAAUACUUUGCUCUCGAUUACGCCUUAAAACUCGUCAACUUGUUUUUUGUUUUCCUCAUCUUGUCUCACCAAUUAUGUUACACUUGGCAUUUCUUGUCACAAUAUAUAUGACGAAAUGCGCGUACAUCUGUGUGUGUAUAUAUACUUGUAAUGUACCUAUACACAUCUGUACAGAUUCGCAAUCACACGUGUAUAUACAGAUAUAUGUAUAAAUACAGUACAAAGAAAGCUCCAGAUUUUACCUUCUGCAUUUGGCCUCCGAGACUCUAACAUGGAAAUUAUUCAAGACUUUUUAGAGAUGAUAACGCUCUUGAACACAAUGCGACGGAGUCCGAGUGUAUCGAAAGUUUACACGGCGUAAAUUAUUAACAAUUAGGAAGUGUUAUUGACCAACCAGGCGCGAGAAUUGUGUAGACGUAUCGUGCUACACGAUGUAUAUAACAAUUCACCAAUUAAGCGUAACGUUUCUCGUUACUUUACGGCUGAUUUAAUCGUCGAUCACGAAUACCGAUGUGCUGUUGCCAAUGUUUAUCGACUAUGCGAUCGGCGUGUAUGUUUCUUUUAGUAAAAAAGAAAAGGGAAAUAAUUUGGAAGAAGCUCAAUCAAACCACACUGGAUGGCGAACUAACCAGACUCGUUAGCCGAUUUAUAAAAUACUGAUUUGCGAUGCUAAUAUAAUACAUGUGGCACGAGUUCGAUUUAUUCGGCCGGGUUCCCGUUAACUUUUAGAAAAUUUGGUGAGAAUAGUGUCCAAAUAAUAUUUACGUGUUACACGACGUGAGCACACAAAUCGGUAUGGUAACUAUAUAUUUCUAUAUCAAGUCUCGUCCUCUCAGAGCUCUGUCAUCUGUACGGUACAGCGCUAAAAUAGUAUAACUACAUUUUAUUAUAAUCUAGCAUUUCAUGUAGUUUGGAGUACAUUACACACAACACACUACAACUCUGAGUUAUUAUGAUAUCGUGAUUGUAUGUUUAUUAAGGUAUUUCCCCGUACGCGAUGUAAAUGAAGAAAAAAGUCAAAAGGAGAGCGAGAAUGAGAAGAAAGAAAGUAUGUAUGUGGGUGUGUGUGUUGAGUGCGCGCGCGCGCGCGCGCGUGUGUGUGUGUGUGUGUGUGUGUGAGAGAGAGAGAGAGAGAGAGAGAGAGAGAGAGAGAGAGAGAGAGAGAGAGAGGCAAAUAGACGCGGUCUUCCGAUGUCUAAUCACUUCUGUUUAUUACAUUUGACGAGAAAAAAUCGCGCUAAUUCUCUAAAACUAUAUUCUCAUGUAUCAAAAAUAAAUGUACAGGCAAUUUUACUACUCGAGAAUAAUAAU